AUGCCCUGCUACUGUGAAGAUAAUGGGGGGAUGCCCCCUGACUACAUUAUUGCGGCUGCGUUUGGAGAGUGCAAGUAUGGGAAGGGUGAAAUAACUUCUGUGGUCUUCGGUUGGUUUUCAAUCAUAUGCUGGAUUAUAGCGACGUAUCCACAGAUGCGUAUGUCUUUUCUUCUUAAACGGUGUGAGGCUAUAUCGAUUGCUUUCCUGAUUCUCUGGUUCAUCGGAGAUCUUCUAAACCUCAUCUCCCUUAUCGUUAUAGACGGACUGCUUACGCAGAUCGUUCUCGGAGCCCUUUGGCUUGCCAUGGAUUUCAUCCUGAACGGACAGUACUUUUAUUACCAGCACAAGAACAAGGGGAAGGAUCUUCCGGACCAGGACGUCAAGGCGAUCACGCGCUACCGCGUCCCAGAGAUAGUUAUCUACACGGUUCUUUCUGCGGCUGUAGUCACAAGCUUUCUGUGCUAUGCAAUCCCUGCUGGUAACUAUGUGCGAGUAGCAAGGACGCUGAGCAACCACGACGGCCUUGGAAACUGCAGUGCCGGCUCAUCUGUCAAGGCGUAUGACGUUCGCUGGUGGGUAGGAUCGGUGAUGGCGUACUGUACCAUCCCCUUGUAUUGCUUCAAUCGCGUCCUUCAGGUGAUCAAGAAUUGCAAGAAGAAGGAAGUGGACGAUCUCAGCAUGGGGCUCUUCAUCCUGAUUAUGUGUGCAAAUAUCUUCCAGUCUAUCUCGAUCGUAGUUGCAGACCCAACAGCUUCGGGGUUAAAGUCGCAGGCCCCGUAUCUCUUUGGGGCCGUCUUCCCAGUCGUGAUGGACGCCCUGAUCCUCAGUCAGAUCCUUUACUACAAUAAAAAGAAUAGCAAGCAGAAGAACGGGGGAAAGCCUGAUGCUACUGAUCCCCCUAGCUCAGUAGAGAUGUCUCCGGCCACCGGUACUCUUUCAAUUCCUACCAUUCAAUAG